AUGGCCGCCGCUAUGGCCGGUGGCAAAGGCAAAGGCAAGAAAAAAUGGGCCAAGUCUAAAGCUCGUGAAAAAGUCAGCAAUAAGGUGCUGUACGACCAGGAGACGUACGAACGUCUGCUGGUGGAGAUCCCCAAGAUGAAGCUGAUUACGGCUUCGGCUAUUGUCGAGCGUCUCAAAGUGAAUGCUGCGCUUGCCCGCGCUUCGAUUCGCGAGUUGGAAGAAAAUGGAAGCAUUUUGAAGGUGCUUUGCCACCACUCGCAGCUCAUCUACACUCGCGUUGGUGCCGUUGAGGAGCAAGCAGCUGCUUAA